AUGAACAUUGAUUUCGAGUUAAAUGGUAGCUGGAGAUCUGAUGUCAUAAAUACUGCCUUACAAAAUAUACAGAAAUACCCAAAGACUGUAAGAAUAAUUUUCCAGAUUAACUUUGAGGAUCACAGUACUUUUACAACGAAUGAGCAGACUACCAUCAGAAAUCGUAUCACAGAGAUCUCUCGAAGCAUCAGCCGUUUGAUUGUUGACAGGGAAGGAGGGGUGGAUAAAUUCGAUAUGGUCGAAGUAAUCUUUCAUAUGCCUCGCUUCAGUACUCGGCAACUCAAUUGUGGCUCUACCUUUCCACUUUUGAUACCAUACUGGAGUCUCACGUACACAUAUGAGGAGAGUAAUUCUACGGGUCGUUACAACUACGGUGUAGGUGGUCGAUGGGCGGAUGUUGAAAAGGAGAUCGAUAAGCAUGCUCAUGAGAGGCAGUUGCCGAAUGAUGGAUAG